AUGCCCGUCCAAUUACUUCCGGCGUCGGCCGCCGCUUUCGCUCCCCGGGCUUCAUCAGUCAACGUUGUCUUGGGUUCAAAAGUCGAGCCUUGGCUUACACAGACUCUCAAGCGCAUCAACCGCGUCAAGCGUCCUCUCAACUCUGUACCCCAGCAUCAGCGGUGCCUCACCGAGACUCUCUCAUCACCAAACGCCAUAUGGACCUUGACCUCUCUCAUGCUGCCCAAGACCCCCGACUCAGACUUCAAGCGUGAUGCCAGCAACCCUCUGGUCGAGGCCAUCAUGAACUACGAGCUCGUACAUGUCGAGGCUUACAUUGUCCAUGUCGACAUGGUUCUGCGAAAUGAGGUCGCCUACAAGCUCACCAAGGACACCAUCGAUGCUCUCGUCGAGUACCACAAGGAAAUCCACUGUGUCGAUGCAAAGGCCAACACCUACGACUGGACAGACAAGGAGCAGCAAUGCAAGAAGCUUCACGACGAUUUUGUUCAAGACAUCAACAAGUUUGUCUUCCGCACCCACGUCUCUGCUCUCGAGGGCCUCGAGGAGGAGGGCGCUGGUGAACUCCUCUGUGGCAAGAGCGAGGAGGUCAAGAACUGCAUCAGUGCUCUUAUGAAGCCGCUGCUGCCUCCUCCUCCUCCUCGUGUCGUCGAAGUGGUCCGACAACCUACACUGCUCCCUAGCUCUCCUGUCAACAACAUGUGGUCGCAGCAUGGUCUUCACGGCAAUCUUGCUGCUGUUGACUCAUGGAGGGUACUUCCCUCAAGCCCCAGCGUCACAUCAUCGGCCGACUCAAACACAAGUCCUAUCUGGGCACCCAUGACCAUGGAUGAUCUGUCACCUACUCCCGCCUUCACCCAGCCUCACUCCACGGCCGGCUUCUUCUGGAGCUCGCCUCAAGUGACAGCACCCAUCCCCGCUCUCCCUCUUCCUAGUAUGCUCGCCCCUGCUCAAUGUGGUGUCGGCAUGGGCAUGACAGGAAUGGGAGGCAUGAGCGGAAUGGGAGGCUUUGGCUGGGACCGAUACCAAGAGUAUGCGACCAUCAUGUGA